AUGCAGGAGCUGAAGCCGCAUCGCAUACGCGAUCACUGUGACGAGUCCACUACUGGUGAGGAUGGCUACCGAUGGUGUGCCAGAUCGAUCAGGAAGCAUCUCGAGGAUGGCGCCGAUGUGGAGCUAAGUUGGUCGAUGCACGUAAAUCCAGAUACCAUUCUGUCCUUGGACACAGAGGCGGAGCAUGGCGUUAGAAUGGUGAGAUGCUCGCCGGGUCAGUUGGAGAUAGACGUUCCGCACACGCACCUGCAGCACGUGGAGGCUGGCAAGUUCAUCGUUGGAUCGCACUAUGUGCAUGGCUGUGACCAUAUGAGCGGUCAGAGCUCGUUCCACAAGAUUGCGAAGGUGCAUAGCAAGCGCCUCUCUGGUGGCGCCGGACAGAUGUACCGUUUGCAGCUGGCUGCGCAGGCCUUGCCUCACAUGGGGCAUGUGGCGCGGCACGUCUCCUUCAACUUCAGCUACAUGCCCGUUGAGGUACAACUUCUGAUCGGCCUCAUCAGGAACGCAGGCCAAGCGUCUGGAAGCGUGAAGACGCAGAACGGCAUUGUCAACUUCUCUCCCCAACAGGUUUCAAACUUUGGUUGGAACUGGGACUUCUUCCUGAAUAACUCGAAGGAGCCUUCGUUCACUAUUGACCAGCCUGACACGAAGGGAUCGUUCGUUCUGAAGAAUCCAUACAUCAAGGCACAUGCUGGCUGCUUCCUCAACUUCACCUCGCAGUACGUAGGCUUCCUCAAGCCCCCUCACGUCAAGUGGCAAGCUGGUCUCAAGGGACACGGAAUCGCACAGGGACGACUGGAAGCAGCAAUGAACUCCACCCGCUCUGCAGAUUUGGAUGCAGCGAAAUACAAAUUGCCAGCGGAAGUUCUGGAAAGCUUUCCUUUUCUGCGAACGCUGACGAAGUUCGACAAAGUGAAGUGGUUUGCACCCAUUGAACAUGGUGUGGGGCCAUUGCCCGCGAAGAUCGAGCCCGGGUUCCAGUUCCAGGUCGAGCUCUAUCACAAAGGGCCCUUCAGCGGCUUCUUGUCCUUCGGAGGAAGCACCCAUGGUGUCAUGGAGCCGGUCCUGCACUAUGACUCCGAGAAGGGCUUCGACCAGACCUUGCGGGGCCUGCUUCGCGACACGGACGUCUGGCCGCCUAUGUACCUGGUCUUUACCAAGGCUUUCGAGAUGGGCGUCAAAGCUCAGCCAAAGAUUUACAUCAGGGGAGAUUUCAUGGGCUUCAACGACGCAGAAGCUUGCUUCCACCUUUCUGUUUUCCAGAAUAUGACGCUCUAUCGUGAUGGUGCGGCUCACUUCGAUGUAGACGCACACAAGGCGCUCGUGAUUUACCCCCUUCGAGUUGUUUUACUAGCGCAAAACACAAUCGACUUCAACACCAGGUACAAGGUCAAGAUCAGCUGCCUCGGCAAAGAGGUGGAGUCUGACCCUGCGCUCAGCUGGGGUGAAGUCGAGUUUCAUGACAACGUCUCAAAGUUCGUGAUGGCCAACAUGACCGACCAACAAGUCGCGAACGCCGCUGUCACGGUGACGCUUAUCCAGGCUCGGUGUGGCUUGUUUUCUCACUACGGUAAUGGGCCAGAGCCCGAGAAGAGCAAGGGCAGAAUCGGUGGAGACAUUCCCAUCACUUUCUAUCUUCCGUAUUGUUUCCGGCAUGGGAGGGACGACGCUGGUACAGCGGUGGCGAACAUACAGCUGUACGUGGUGCACAAGGCGCUGCAUGGCUAG